AUGAAGCUCUUCAACAUAACUAUUAUAUCCCUCUUAGCGGGUAUGCAAAUUAUCACCGCUGCUACAAGUACUUAUACAGCUCAAUCAUGUGUGACCAGAGAUACGUCCAAGAGUACUUCUAAAGUCUCUACUACAAUCCACAGAAAUACAAUCAAAUCAGUUGCGACUUCUACAAUCAAACUCACCGCACAAACAAUCACAAUCACUCCCCCAGGCCAAAAGUUCAUCUCCACCUCUCUUGCUACAGCUACAACUCCAGUACCCGGUCUCCAAGUUACGGAUACGAUCACAGAGACCAGAGUACAUAGUACUGCAACUAUAACAACUCAAUCAACCACCACCAGUCCCACUUCCCCUGGUUUCAAUCCCCUAGCGAGCAACUCUGCCGUGAUUUAUGUCGCUAUUGCUGCCGGAGGAGCCUCCAAGAAAGUCUGA